AUGCGAGUGGACUCGGCUGAAUCCCGUUUGCGGCUCACAGCACCUGUCUUUGGUUUAGGGUCUCCGAAAGAAGAGCUGGCGAGGCUAGUGAAUUACCUAAGUGCAGCUGACUGCAGCUACUCCUUUAGCGGAUCUUUUCCGUCCUUCUGCACCAGAAAAUUCGGCGAUGAAAGCAAAGUGGCAUUGAUUACGUUAUUUACUUUUUCAUAUAAUGAGUUUGGCAGUCUCGAAAUACCUACGUCGUUGGCAGGACUGCCCAAUUUCCACGUCAUCACUCCAAGACCAACACCAGAAAGUACACGCCUCAACAUUCACCGUUACGGUAUUGGACCACCCAACAGGAACGAGACCGUCGAUGGCAAAUGGAAGCUUGACACCUUAGGAGCCAUAAUGACUCGCAUAUUCGGCGAAGCUGUCAUUGAUCUACUGCUGAUCGAUAUGAGUGGGGGAGAAGUGGCCAUCUACCCAGAAUUGCUGCGCCUAGCCAGCAAGGGCAAAAUCAAUCAAUUGGCCAUUCGUUCGGCACAUUUCUCUAUUUUGGAUGUAAUCGUUGUUAUUACUGGACUUUUUUGCUUAUGGUCUGAGGAAAAUGAGAACUACCGAAUGAUCUACUGGAACUUGCGCCAAAUGCAGAAUUACGGGUACUCUCGACGGAUUGGACGAGUUGAUCUGCCUCGUUAUGAUGUGGUUUUCGAGAGAAAAUAA